AGACAUCGAUGUUUCCAUAUCGCAGAGAAGCUUGAACACGUGAAAGUUGUCAACAUUGAUAUUGUUGUAACAUUAUGGGAAACGACAAGAAGAAAAAAGCCCCAAGAAACAAACGGACGAAACAAGUACUGGUUUUUGAUGAAACUGCACGAUUGGAAUACUUGACAGGGUUUAGGAAAAGGAAAAAUGAAAGACGGAAGAAGGCUAAAGACGAAAAGGAGAUACAACUUAAGGAAGAUAGGAAGGAAUUUAAAAGAAAGAGAAAAGAGCUGAUAGAGAAGAGCUUCUUUUUCAAAGGUAAAUCCAAACAAAAGGGUCCUGAGUUAGAUGACAUUGGAAAACCAUCUGUUACAGAACUGCCAGAACACACUGUCACCAUUACAGACAUAUCAGAGUUAGACAUGGUGGGUCACUCUGGUCUACGACUUGGCCAAAAUCAGUUUGAAGAGGAACAGAAAACUGGAACAUUCCCGUCAGCUGAAUUUGAUCCACAGGAGCAAGCAAAGUUAAAACGAGAUAUAAAGAAGCUUCAGCGCAAAGAGGUUGCAUUGCUGAACAAAGAAUUACCCAAGAAGAAGUCCAAACGUCCAUCGCAGUUAGGUCAUAUCAAAGAGAAGAAGUCCAAAAAGAAAUUUCAGAUAAAAAGAGUGAAGGAAAAAAAUAAAAAGAAAGGAAAACAUUAG